CGCACCUCUCGACUCCUUUCAGCGAGACAAGAGGAGAAACUCGGCCGAAAAACACGCACCGUCGAUCGGCCACACGCUUCCGGAGCUCUCGGUAAAGAGAAAAGUCAUUCUAAAGGUCAGUCAUGUCGGCCAAAGCCAUCUCUGAGCAAACCGGAAAGGAGUUUCUGUACAAGUACAUCUGCACCUCGGCCGCGGUUCAGAACAGGUUCCGCUUUGCCCAAGUCACAGCAGAGACCGACUUCGAUCGCCUGGCCCAGGAUCACCCAUGGCUGCUGACAGAGAAACUGGUGGUGAAGCCGGACCAACUGAUAAAGAGGCGAGGGAAGCUGGGUCUAGUGGGCGUAAACCUGGAUCUGAAUGGCGUCAAAGACUGGCUCAAGCUCCGCCUCCAGAAAGAAACCACUGUUGGAAAAGCUAAAGGAAUCCUCAAGAACUUUCUCAUCGAGCCGUUUGUCCCUCAUAAGCAGGAGGAGGAGUUCUAUGUUUGCAUCUACGCAACUCGGGAGGGGGACUACGUGCUGUUCCAUCAUGAGGGAGGGGUGGAUGUGGGGGACGUGGACGCCAAGGCCCAGAAGCUGCUGAUUGGAGUUGAUGAGAAAAUCAGUGAAGAGUCUGUGAAAAAGGCUCUCCUGACUCACGCCGCCAAAGACAAGAAAGAUGUCUUGGCCAGCUUCAUUGUUGGACUCUUUAAACUGUAUGAGGACAUGUUCUUCACUUACCUCGAGAUCAAUCCACUGGUGGUCCUUAAAGAUGGCGUGUAUGUGCUGGACAUGGCUGCAAAGAUCGAUGCCACGGCCGACUACAUCUGUAAAGCCAAAUGGGGCGACAUCGAGUUCCCUCCUCCCUUCGGCAGAGAAGCCUAUCCCGAGGAGGCUUAUAUCGCUGAUCUGGAUGCAAAGAGUGGGGCCAGUCUCAAACUCACUUUACUCAACCCCAAAGGACGAAUCUGGACCAUGGUGGCCGGGGGAGGAGCCUCAGUGGUUUACAGUGACACCAUCUGUGACCUGGGAGGAGUGGAUGAACUUGCAAAUUAUGGAGAAUAUUCAGGAGCUCCAAGUGAACAGCAAACCUACGACUACGCCAAAACCAUCCUCUCCCUCAUGACCAGGGAGAAGCACAAAGAUGGAAAAGUUUUGAUCAUUGGAGGUAGCAUUGCCAACUUCACAAAUGUUGCAGCAACUUUUAAGGGCAUCGUAAGAGCUAUAAAAGACUACCAGGAACCACUAACGGAGCAUGGGGUCCAGAUAUUUGUGCGACGUGGUGGCCCCAACUACCAGGAGGGUCUCCGGGUCAUGGGAGAAGUCGGAAAGACCACAGGGAUCCCCAUUCAUGUAUUUGGCACAGAGACGCACAUGACGGCCAUCGUUGGCAUGGCGCUGGGCCAUCGACCAAUCCCCAACCUGCCUCCGGUUGCCGCCCACACCGCCAACUUCUUGCUCAACACCAGCGGGGCGUCAUCGACUCCAGCAUCAAGCAGAACGUCAUCUUUUUCUGAAAGCCAAGCCAAAGGAGUUGCGGCGCCUUCUGCUGUUAAGUCUAAAAUGGGCGGGCCUGUAGCUAAAGCGACAACCCUGUUUUCCAAGCAGACCAAGUCCAUAGUGUGGGGGAUGCAGACCCGAGCAGUGCAGGGCAUGAUGGACUUUGACUAUGUCUGCUCCAGGAGUGAACCCUCUGUUGCAGCUAUGGUCUACCCUUUCACUGGUGAUCACAAGCAGAAGUUUUACUGGGGUCAUAAGGAGAUCCUGGUUCCUGUGUACAAAAACAUGAGCGACGCGAUGAAGAAACACCCAGAUGUGGACGUCCUCAUCAACUUUGCUUCUCUGCGGUCAGCAUAUGACAGCACCAUGGAGACAAUGCAAUACCCACAGAUUCACACCAUUGCCAUAAUCGCUGAGGGCAUCCCCGAAGCUCACACGAGAAAGAUCAUCAAGGCUGCGGACGAGAAAGGAGUCACUAUCAUUGGACCAGCCACUGUUGGCGGUAUUAAGCCAGGCUGUUUUAAGAUUGGGAACACAGGAGGAAUGUUGGACAAUAUCUUGGCAUCUAAACUGUACCGUCCUGGGAGUGUGGCAUACGUGUCCCGCUCUGGGGGAAUGUCCAACGAACUGAACAACAUCAUCUCCAGGACAACUGACGGAGUGUUUGAGGGGGUUGCCAUCGGGGGGGACAGAUACCCUGGUUCUGUGUUCACUGACCAUGUGCUGCGAUACCAGGACACUCCUGGAGUCAAAAUGAUUGUGGUACUGGGAGAGAUUGGAGGAACAGAGGAGUACAAGAUUUGCCAGGCUAUAAAACAGGGCAGGAUCACAAAACCAGUGGUGUGUUGGUGUAUUGGCACCUGUGCCACUAUGUUUGCCUCUGAGGUCCAGUUUGGCCAUGCUGGUGCCUGUGCAAACCAGGCCUCUGAAACUGCAGUGGCAAAGAACAAAGCACUGAAGGAGGCUGGAGCGUUUGUGCCUAAAAGCUUUGAUGAACUGGGAGAGGCCAUUAAAUCUGUGUAUGAUGACCUUGUAGCCAAAGGAGUGAUUGCACCUGCUGAAGAGGUGCCUCCUCCCACAGUGCCGAUGGAUUACUCCUGGGCUAGAGAGCUGGGUCUGAUCCGUAAGCCUGCGUCCUUUAUGACCAGUAUCUGCGAUGAGAGAGGCCAGGAGCUGAUCUACGCCGGGAUGCCCAUCACCGAAGUCUUCAAAUCUGAGAUCGGACUUGGAGGAACCCUGGGUCUCCUGUGGUUCCAGAGAAGGUUGCCGCGUUACGCCUGUCAGUUCAUUGAGAUGUGCCUGAUGGUAACUGCAGACCAUGGACCUGCAGUGUCUGGGGCCCACAACACGAUCGUCUGCGCUCGGGCCGGAAAAGACCUAAUCUCCAGCCUCACCUCCGGACUCCUCACUAUUGGAGACCGCUUUGGUGGUGCUCUGGAUGCAGCAGCCAAACAGUUCAGUAAGGCCUUUGACAGCGGCAUGUUACCGAUGGAGUUUGUGAACAAGAUGAAGAAGGACGGCAAGCUAAUCAUGGGCAUUGGACACAGAGUGAAGUCGAUUAAUAAUCCAGAUAUGAGAGUCCAAAUCUUGAAGGAUUUUGUGAAGCAGCACUUUCCCUCAACGCAGCUCCUGGAUUACGCUCUCGAUGUGGAAAAAAUCACGACGUCUAAGAAACCCAACCUCAUCCUGAAUGUAGAUGGAUUCAUUGGCGUAGCUUUUGUGGACUUGCUCCGGACGUGUGGAGGGUUCACUAGGGAUGAGGCCGAUGAGUUUGUGGAAAUUGGUGCUCUGAAUGGCAUUUUUGUCCUUGGACGCAGCAUGGGCUUCAUUGGGCACUACUUGGACCAGAAGAGGCUGAAGCAGGGCUUGUAUCGCCACCCAUGGGACGACAUCUCAUAUGUGCUGCCCGAACACAUGUCCAUGUAAAACCCUUAAAGACUUCCUCUGCCCAAAAUGUACCGCUACUGUGAAGAAUGAAGAUUUAUCAGAGUGCAAAUGCAAUUAUGUUAUUUUAUUAGUCUGUAAAUAUAAAAGGCACAAUGUGUUUAUAAUAAGUAAUUAAUAAUAAGUAGUAGAAAUAUUUAUUUUGGCUACAUGAUCUUAAAUAACUGUAAGACUGCAUCAAGUUGACAACCACCAUUGUCACCGAUGUCACCUUGUUUUGUUUUCUCCAGUUUUUUAUUACCAGUUAGUAAUUAGUAAUGUAGUUGUUGCCAGAUGCUUAUAACGUUUAAAUGUGGAACAAGAUAUUACUCUUUUUAGCAGCAUGUAAAGGGGACCAGUGUGUGUUUAUCUCUCUCUUGUGAAUAUUGUCUAAAUAUGCAAGUCUAUUUGUCAAACUCUGUAAUUGGCUCUGUGCACAACAGCGCCCGGCAGAGAUAAAAUUGAACAGGAAGUAGUGAUGUCCACAUCACUACUUCCUGUUCAGUUUUAUCUCUGUUGGUUGGUUUGUUGAUUUACACUAAAAUUAAUAAAUAUUUAAAGAUAAGACAGUGGACAGGGAGCUGCAGGUGGAUGUCAUUGUCACUUAAAAAACACAAGUAAAAUGAAUACUUCACCAAAGGACACUUCUGUGUUUAGAAAGAGAUGUUUUUGUCUCAUUGCUAAAGAUAAUGCUAAUGCUAAUGCUAAUUUUGAGGCAUAAUAAAUAUUAAAACACCACAAACUGAAGUAUUCUGCAGAUAAAAAUAAUUGGGUUGGCUUUGUCUUUUAAUUUGAAUUUCAAUAGGUUGUUUAUUUUCUGUUUUUAAUAAAAGUACGGUAACUGUUAGCUUUGAGACACAGUGAGCUAGCUAGCUAGCAUAGAGCCUCUUCACUUUGUUGUGCCAUUUGAACUUGUUAUUGUUCAAUAUCAUAAAAGGUUUGUUUAUGUGUACAUUAUAUUAUUAAAUGAAAACUAGAAUAUAUGGUAUUAUAAUGUAUCACAAAUUAAACAAAAAAUACAUCUGUAAUGUUUUUAAGUGGCAAAAUGGUGUCAAGUUUACUGUGGAUAAUUAUUGUGGAGAAUUUUGAUGUAACUGCACAUAAACUUGAAAUAUGUAGUGUUGACCAAAAUGCUGUUAUCUAAUUAAAAUGUCAUGUAAAAGAUAGACAGUUAUUUGUAACAAUGCAAAUGAAUAUAUCUUGCAUAACUGUCGGUACUAUGUUUUAACCAUAUUGAUGUAUGUGCCUAUGUACUAACUGAUAAGGAAAACUCUGUCAUCACUCUAUAUGCCACUAGUACGUGUGCAUCUGGGUAAACUACAAAUAAAAUAUGUCCGUUGCUCAUCAGAUUUAUUUUU